AUGGUGUGCAGUAUAUUCUAUGAAGAUUUUAAAGCCAAUAAUAUUAAUAUUUUUGGAGUUUGUCCUGCGUGCAGAGAAAAAGUUGCUAUUCAUACGCAUGAUCCUUUCACGAUGUCACAACUAACUGCUACCACGAUAACUGCAUCACCAAAGCAAAAAACAAAUUCUCGAACCCCAUCACCAACAAGAUAUACAAGCACGAUAGAUGAUAAUACAUGUUCACUUACAAACACUCUUAGAUUAUCACCACGUGAAACACCGAUAAGUUCAAGAUUGACAAAUGAUAAUGGUUUUCUACACGGGAAAUCACCAGGUAGCAGUACUAUUGAUCACAUACUAUGUGAUCAAUAG